UUAUCUUAAAUUCCACUGUUCCUUGAAAAUGUGGAAUCUUUCGAUAUUAAAUCAGAGCAUAAGAAAGCAAAAACGUAACCUGAAGUGCGAAUUUGGAAUUCCUCCGGGGGAAGAAUCGACGGAGUUAUCUAUUUUGAAACUCGUAAAUGGAAUCUCUCCGUAGGAUUUUGGCGUCCCUCCGAAGGUAACGUUUCAGAAGGGGUUUGGUAUCCUUAGAAGGAGGUGUGUUGCAAAUGGAAUCCCUCAGAAGGACUUUGGCAUCCCUCAGAAAGAGAUGUCUUUUGCCUGAGAUUUUGGUCCAAAAGUAAGUAACCAGGAAAAUACCACUAUUUAUUAUCUGCAUGUACUUACAGUUACUAUACGCACCACUGCAUGCAAGUACAUGCAAGUAGACCAGUUGGCAAUUCAUUAUAAUGUGUUAGAGCUGGUAUUGUAGUGCAGUUUUUAACAUUUACUUAUCCGAGUCAUGAUAAUUAUGCAAGUCUAGGUUCGUUUAUGAAAUGGUUUGGAACUCCUCAGUUCCUUACAAAUGACGAAUCUUUUCAUAAUAAAAGCAUAUUAAUGAAGCAUAAACCUUAUGUGCUGAUCAAUUGAAAAUUUCAACAUCUCCCCAGCCCCCCACCCCGGGUAUUUGACGCACUAUUUUUGUGGUAAAUUGUGAAUUUGACCUUUGCUUGGGUAUGUCAAAUGUCAAUUUUACAUUUUAUUAUGUUUUCAUCGUCUGGCUGACAACGUAGAUGGAGGAGUUUAAAGGUAAAGGCACAUCUUUUGUAAAGGAACGGCUUACAUAACAAGGACUUUACAAGCUAAAAGUACGAUUUUUUGCUGCCAUGACUCUAAUUCAGUAAUACAAAAAGUAUUUGACUCUGAAGAUGACUAUCGCACAGGUUGUCGAAACAUCAGCAGGGGCGUAGCUAGCAUUUUUGCAUAGAGGGGUUCCUAAUGUGGUAUUUUUGUCUAGAUUGACGAUAAAUCUUCAGAGGGUUUCCUGGAAAGUUUUAAUACUUUAGGUCGUCUGAAAUUUCGUUUUGUGAUUCUGAGCACAAAUUUCUAAUAACAUUGCAAUAUGAAGCUAGCUUUUUUUCGCUUCCAGUGAAGAGAUAGUGUUUAUGUUGUAGAUCGUUAAUUUGUUAUCUCAGGUAAUUUUUGUUUUUCUUUUGUUUUUGGGUAUAGAAAUGUAACUACAACAUAUAUGUUCAUUAUCAUUGAAUACACUAAAACACACACUGUAGUCCUGUGAUUUGCUGGUUACUCUGUUAGGGUAUGAGCAAGAAGGAAACAUCGUGGACGCUUCGGAGUAAAGGUGUCAAUUGUUAGCCUCAGGGUCCAUGUCCAUAAUGCAUUUAUUUGUUCAUCAUAGUAAGAGUAGCAGACUCUCGAUUCAUUCAUGGGCGUCGCCAAUUGCAUUUUAAGUCUGUGCAAUGAGCUAAGCCGUCCCUCACGUUCUGCUGAUGUAAUUUGUUAUAAUGUGUAGCCUGCGUAGCAGGUGCUUGGAAGUAGUGGACGUAAGAAAGGACGGGCGCACAAGAGGGAGACACGCAAGGGGAGAGGAAGACCCUUUGUCUGUCUCCUUCUCGCGCACCCAUUCUUUCUUGGCUCACUACUUCCAGGCGCCUGCUACGCAGGCUAAGUAACGUAGAACUUGAAAUACGCAGCACUGCUAGAAAGGUCUUUUUCCACUUUGAAACGCUUGCACUGCCAACAAAAAAGCCGCCACAUGAAAAUUAGAGCUGAUGGUAUCCUAAUAGACAUUGGUGUCUCGCUUUCGGAGCCUGAUACUGAGUAGCUUUUAUGUAAGGAAAAGGCAGUGCAUCGUGGUAACCUGGAUGGCAUAUGAUGAAUUCCUGAAUACUGUAUGUUUUAGACAGUUUGCCAUGCUGUUAGUGUUUGUGCCCCAGUUUCAGACAAUUUCCUCAGACUGAUUUGCAAACAUCAAGGCUGAUUUCAUUCUACCUUUUCACUUUUGUGCCUCCACCGAGUUUCUAUUAAGCUCUCUCAUAGUCAAACCAUUACAACAUGCAAAUGAAAGCAAUCUAAACCAACAAAGGUGCUGAAUCACACAUUGCAGGCUUGUAUACACGGGGGCCACGUAUGAUCUUCCUCACAGUAAUAGAAUUAAAGUAAAAAAGACUACUGCAAAGACUGAUUAAACUUCAACAUAUGUAACCCUUGAAAUAGAAUGGGAUGCUUUUUAUUUUUUUUUUCUUCUCAUUUUCUUUAAAAGCUAAAAUCUUAUUCCUCUUAAAAUUAUACCCAGUGCUGCAGCCUAAGGGGGGUUCCGGAACCCCUCGAACACUCCUCUGGCUAUUCCACUGAUCAGUCACCGUCAACAACAGUCUCAUUAUCAUUGGUAGAAAUACGCCCAACUUACUUUUAGACGUCCAAAACACUCACCAUAAAUUAAUCCACACCCCAAACUACAUGCAAAAGUACCCUGGGUGUGACACGGUGUGAUCCCCCCUUUGAAAAUUCCUAGCUAUGCCCCUGAUGUUUUGUUGAUAUUAUAUUUUUGACAGGAUCAUGCAAAACUGGAAAUUGCAAAUCUCAGUUCUGUAAAUUGAUCCUUUAGUUCCAGACCUUUCAAGGCAAGAAGGAAGGUUUAAAAUAAUUGUUUGGAGGGAGUUAGAUUUUGCGAUUCCCUCUUUAUACAAAGAGGUAAGUUUUAAAUUCAAUUCUGGCCAUAGUACCACACUGCACUACAAAUCAGAAUUUCUCAAGCUCAGUUGGAAUUCGAGAUCAUAUAUUUUUGUUUUGUCUUGUCGCUUUACACUUUAAAAAAAAAAAAAGAAUAACGAAUGGUGCUGGCUAUCCACAACGUCCAUCCAACAUGGAUUUCAGUGAAAUUUGUUUUUGCUUUUAAACUUAGAUGAAACUAUAUUGUGCAUUUAGUCGAGUGCACUUAUGAAUUGGGUCACCUUGGCUGUGUAAUUUCCUUUUCUAUCGUAGGUACGGCAGACAAUGAUAGCAAUGAGGAACCGGUCUUUUCUUUAACUAUAUAUGCUAGCUUUGGCAGGAGUGAUGAGAUCAGCUGAUCUGACAAUUUUAAAACCUUCCUUCUUGCCUUGAAAGACCUUGGACUAAAGAAUCAAUUUAUAGAACUGAGAUCUGAUAUUUCCGGUUUUGCGUGACCCUGUGAAGAAUAUGAUAUCACCAAGACAUCAUUGUAAUGUUCUGUUUUUAAGAGCUUGGGAAGAUCUGUAAACCGUUCAGGACAUUUUUUUUUCCAAAUUCUGACCUGCAACCUGCAAGUUACACCCCUCGAGUGGAAAUAAAACCAUGGCCAUAUAAUAUAUUUUUAGAGGCAGUAAAGAUGUCACCUAAAAUUCCAAUUUUCCCUAACCUGAGAUCAUGCUCUGAGAACCGCUAAAAUUGGACCUGAUCUCAGGUUAAAUUUUCCCAUGGGCAACCAAUGAAAAAAAGCAAAAUAUGUUGAAUCGAAAAUAAUGAUCUUUUUUAAAUGCCCUCAAACUUAUUCAUUUUCCAUAAAGUAUUUACUUUUUGUUAUCUGCUGUACCUGAACAAAGUGGGGAGAACCCAAUCUGCAACAUAAAUAUGUACACAAUGCUAUUUUCUGUCAUGGAUUUCUAUUUGACAAUGCAACAAUCAAAUAUAACAGAUUUUAGUGAAAGGAUACUCUUAAAAGUUUAUUAUUACAAUAACACUAGUAAUAACUUGUUCACUGUAGUUUAGAGGAAUAGAAUGAAAGUCUCCAGCACAGAAAAAUUAGUCUGACGAAAGCUCUGAUUUAAGACAAGAAUGUAUUUCAGCUACAGCACAUACACCACAUAUAGCAUCAGGUAUAGAAUAUAAUUUCUGCAAGUUUGUCUUGAUUUUGAAUAAUAAACUACCAGAAGGUGUUAAACAAAUUUCAGUAAUUAUGUUGGCAUGAAAUGACCUUGAUACUAUAUUUUUUGCUCAUGAUCAGAGAGAGAUUUUCUUACAAAACUUUUUUCCAACAAAAUUAAUCUGCAGAAUAUCACCCUCCCCCUCCAAUCAAACUGAGUCUGGUAUUAGGGUGUGUUUUGCAACUCAGAAACUCUUAUGGCAGUGAGUAACAGCAGAUAGAAAAAGAAACUCUCUGGCAACAUCUGAUGUGAGGAUUUCUUCUAUGUUAUUUUAGAAAACACCUUCAAGCCAAAACAAGAUGAUCAAGCUAUGUCCUCUUUAUGUCAGAUAUUUGACGUCUACUGGGCCUCUUAUGACUUGUCAUGCCUUCAAGAGAAAAAGAGAAAAAGAAAAUAGUUACAGUGAGGUACUGUAAUACAUGUAACUGUUGCCUUUGGAAUUGUUAAAAAUUUUAUUUUAAGAGUUUAUUGAACAGAGCUAGAAUUAAGGUGGCUUGACUGGAUUUACGGGGAAUACCCCCCAAGUUUGAGCAUUAACUAUGUCAGCAUGAGUAAAAAUAACCAUGGGAAAAAGGUUACCCCAACUGUACUAUAUAAAGAUGAAAAUUUCUUAUGAUCUGGGUUUUAUUGCAAUUAUCGGAGUUACCAUGGCAAUGUAAUGACACCAUUACAUUUUUUAUUUAUCUGUGUUUUUCUGUACUAGGAGUGUUUUUAAGAAAACGCUUAAGAGAUUAUGUACCUGCCAUAAUUGCCUCAUUUAAGGCAUUUUGGAAAUACAGUGUAUUUUCAAACAAAGUUUUAAGAAUCAUAAAAGCAGUGAAAUAGCAUGCUAUCCACACAACUAGCUAAUCUUUUAAGAAAAUCACAGCAACUCUUUCUAAAAGUUGCUGUGAUGUUGUAAACCAAGUAAGAUAAUUAAUUGUGAAAGUUUUGAACCCAGGAGUCAUUUCAAAAGCAGGUUGAGUUUGAUCGUCCGGGUGAACGUAGUCCUGAAUAGGACUGUUGAUGUUGACAGUGACUGAAGUUUCAACAACUUGUGCGGUAGUCAUCUUCAGAGUCAAAGUGAGUUGUAUCACGUCAGUUGAUGGUAUUAUACUCUGGUUAUUGAUCUGAUUGGUCAAUUAUGUUGCAAUGUUAUUGGUCGUCUGUCAGUUAAGCCGUGAUGUUAUUGGCUAUGAAGACUCGUAAUCAGUAAUUGGUGCGUUUUGAUCCCUCUAUUGUCACAGUUAAACAUUCGUCUAUUGUUAGUCAAAUUGUCAGUUCUCCAGUAGUUCUCUCGUACAUGUAGUUAGUUUCAUUACAUCCUACAUGAUGAGCCGUGAUGUUCACCGUUUCGAUUGUCACUGCUAUCCAUGACACAAGGCAAUUAUUAGCAUUUUCCGGAUGUUUCUUUGGAAAGUAAUUUAGAGUUCUUUUAAAUGUAAAUUUAUUUCUUUUGCUAAUUGUACAUGUGCAUAUGAAACUUGAAAACAAUGCCUCUGAAUAAUGAGGACACUCACUAAGGGAAAAUUUGGUUAUACACGGUUGUCAAAAGUAGCCGGCUUCCGGUGAAAAGUGCCGCCUACUUGGUUAGUAUCGGCCAGCUACUCUGCUUGGCAUUUCUUUGCAGAUGACGUUUUUUAAAUAAAAUAUCCUUGGACUGGCUGCUUACUUUGACAACUCAGUGAUCGUCUACUUCAAAACUUUCUGACAACGCUGGUUAUAUUCGAGGCCCUUUUUAAAAGCCUUCACUGUUUUCAAUGUUCUUGAAACUUGCAGGGUGUAUUUAUUAACAAUUGACCUUGAGAUUGGUAAGUCUAUGAAAAAAUUUGUCAGGUGGUUUUUUGAAUAAUGUGAAAUUUGUAGGCAUGGACCAAAUUAUGUGCAAAAACUGUAACAAAAGCAGCUGAAUGCAGGUUAAUAAAAUUCUUCUCACUUGCGAUCGCCCAGAGCAAUUCCCCUCUUUUUUUUUGUACACAGUUUUCAAUGGAAUCAAAUCAUUAUGAGAUGAAACCUUGCUUCGAAAGCUUAACAUUUUCUUAACAUAUUAGCUAAUUGUGUGGAUAUAUAGCAUGCUAUUUCACUGUUUUUAUGAUUCUAAAACUUGUUUCAAAAUAUUUCCAAAAUGCUCUCUCAGAAUUUGUUCAAACUUUGCCAUAAUUGAAGCAAUUAUGGCAGGUACAUACUCCCUUAAGCCAUUUCUUAAAAACACUCCUGGUACAGAGAAACACAAAAAUAAAUAAAAAACAUAUUCGUUUCAUUAGGUUGCCAUGGCGACUCCAUUUGCAAUAAAACCUAGAUAAUAAGAAAUUUUCAUGUUGAUAUAAUACAGUAAUGUUGUGGUAGCCUUUUUCCCAUAUCUUUACUCAUGCUGAUGUAGUUAAUGCUUAAACUUGGAAGGUAUCCCCCCUAAAAAAUCCAGUCAAGUCACCUUAUUUAAUUUUGUUUUCUCUGUCAUACCUUUUUCUUGCAAUCUUUCAUAGGUAAAGAGAGAUGAGGAAGUGAAGAAACCUAUCAGGUCUGGUUUCCCCAAUGACAUUAGGAACAAGGAGAAUAUCUCAAAAAACGAUCAGAAAUCUCCCCUGUACCUACUAAAGCUGUUAUCCCACCUCUCAAUUCUGACAAUGAAGAUAACAAGUCAGGUCUUAUUUGCAGAAGGCGGCUAUUCCUGAAGAAGGCACAGAUGGUGACAGGCGAAAGAACGGCAAAGGGACAGGCCUUGCUGGAAGCUUUGGAAAGGCCAGGCAUCAGUCAGCUCCAGGUGCGGGAGUUCCUAGAGCUGGCUGAUGAAAACGGACAAGUGAGACCAGCCCCUUCAAAGCAGUCUGCUAAACCUUUUUUCAUUCCUGAGUCCCCUUUGUAA